UUUCCUUUUUCCUCCCCGGAAAAGGUGACCUGUUAUUCUAUUUCGUUUUUAUUUAUUUUUUCUGGAUUGCAAUCUCUCUCUCUCUCUCUCCCUCUCUUUCUUUCUCUGUCCGUUUUUCAUUAAUUUUGGACAGCGCUUUUCAGUGUUUCGUGAGUUUCAUCUCUAUCUCUCUUUCCGGGUUGAUGUCUGUUGACUGAUCAAGCUUCUUCCGGAACUGGAAAAUCCGAAAUUUUCGAGCUCUGAUAGAUUGUCAGUUUCGUUUACCAGGCUGCAGCUGUGGCCUGUUGGCUUUCAAGAUUGAGGCAGCCCCCUGAAAGUGAAAAAGAGAGUAGCUGAAUACUUAAAAAGAUGCCAAAACACCACUUCAGGGAAAGAAUAAAAUCGUACUUUGGAAGUCAUAUUGAUCCCCAAAAAGAUGAGCUGCAAGGAACUAGAGAAGAUAUUGACGGCAAACUUCAGACAAUCUUAAACCUUCUAAAUGAAGAGGAUGGCAGUCAUGGAAAAGAACCUGUGAUUGAUUUAGUUAGGGAUUUCCACAGGCAUUACCAAUCCCUUUAUGAUCGCUAUGAUAAUCUCACAGGAUACCUAAGGGAAAAGGUAGACGGAAAGCAGAAAAAGGACAACUCUGCUUCUAGUUCUGAUUCUGAUUCAGAUUCAGAUUCAGAUUAUUCUCAUAGGGAAGAAGAUGGUAAAAAUGGAAAAGUAGACCAUGAAUUAGAGAAGGUAACAGAUGGCAUCAGGCAAGAACUUGAAAAUGCAAAUAUUGAAGUUGCCGAGUUGAGGACAAAGUUGACAUCUGCCGUGGAAGAAAAGGAAGCAGUGCAAUUGGAACACCAGCAAGCUUUGAGCAAAUUGCAAGAACUUGAAAAUGCAAAUAUUGAAGUUGCUGAGUUGAGGACAAAGUUGGCAUCCACAGUGGAAGAAAAGGAAGCAGUGCAAUUGGAAUACCAGCAAGCUUUGAGCAAAUUGCAAGAAGCUGAGGCAACCAUCAGAGAAAUUAAUGAUAAAGCUGAAAAAUGUGAUGGAGAAAGAUCAAAACUUGCGGAUGAGAAUGUAGAUCUCAGCUUAAAGUUGGAGAAUGCUUGCAAACUAGAAGCUGAACUAAACCAGAAGCUAGAGGAAAUAAAUACAGAGAGAGCCAGCAUAAUUUUGGAGAAAGAAGCGGCUCUGAACAGUGUUGAAGAGGGAAAUAGAACCAUUGAAGAUUUAAGGACCAUCACUUCUCAGUUAAAGGACGAGAAAGGAGCCCUACAGCAAGAAAUGGGAGCCCUACAAGGGGAAUUUUCUACACUGCAAGAGAAACUCAACUCUGCAGAAAAAGAAAUAGCUCAGCUAAGUCAGACACAAAGGGUAACGGAAGAGGAAAAUCACUCUCUAUCCUCGAAGAUUAUACAGCUCUCAGAUGCUUUAAAGGAAGCUGAAGAAAAGAUUCAGAACUUUGUCACUGAAUCUCGCCAGUUAAAGGAAACAUUGUCUGCAAAAGAAAAGGAGCAUUCAAUUCACAAGGAGAUGCUGGAGUCUCAACAUAAUGAAGCUUCUACUCGGAUUAGAGGCUUAGAAGUGGAGCUUGAUUCAUUGCAUGCCCACAGAAAAGAAAUAGAAAGACAGAAAGAUGAGUUUAUUUCAUUGCUGAAAAACCACGAGGACAAGGAGAAGGACUCAUCAUCUCAAAUAGAGGUUCUGACAACAAAGACCAACAAUUUGCAACUUGAGAUUGAAUCGUUGCAGACACAGAAAGUAGAGCUGGAGCAGCAACUGGAGAAGAAAGCUCAUGAAAUUUCUGAGUUCUCAAUUCAGAUAGAAAGUUUAAAGGAGGAGAUAGAAAACAAAAAUGCAGAUUGUCAGAGAAUUGUAGAAGAGAAAGAGAACCAUCUUGUACUGAUGAAAGACAGAGAACUGGAACUUGACACAAUACACAACCUAAAAAGUGGAUUAGAAGAGCAGUUAAGUGGUAAAAUCCAGGAGACUGCUCAAUUGCAGAGUGAAAAAACUGAGAUGCAAGAUAAAAUUUUUGAAUUGGAAAGAGCACUGACAGAAAAAGAGAAUGAACUGUCCUUUCUACGAAAGGAAUCUGAAAACAGAGAGUGUGAAUUAUCUUCUCAAAUCACAGAGUUGACAUUGCAGGUGACCAAUCUGCAAGAAAAAUUGGAUACUUUACAUGCUCAGAAAUGUGAAUCAGAUGCCUUACUUGAAAAGAAGAUUGUAGAGAUAUCAGAAUACCUUGUUGAGAUGGAAAAUCUAAAAGAGGAAUUAGCGAGUAAAACUCUGGAUGUACAGAGAAUGCUAGAAGAGAAGGAAGGUCUGAUGGUGCAGGUAAAGGACCUUGAAGAGGAAGUGAAGUCUCGAGGUGAACAGAUUCACAAACUGGAAGAGCAUAUAAGGGAGGAGGAGGCUGGUUUACACAGCAGAAUAACUCAGUCUGAGAGAACACUAAUGGAGAAAGUCCAGGAGACUGCUCAAUUGCAGAAUGAAAAAACUGAGGUUCAAAAUAAAAUUUAUGAGUUGGAAGAGCAGUUAAGUGGCAAAAUCCAGGAGAUCGUUCAAUUGCAGAGUGAAAAAACGGAGAUGCAAGAUAAAAUUAAUGAAAUGGAAAGAGCAAUAACCGACAAAGAGAAUGAACUGUCCUUUCUACGGAAGGAAUCUGAAAACAGAGAGAGUGAAGCAUCUUCCCAAAUCACAGCAUUGACAUUGCAGGUGACUAAUCUUCAAGAACAACUGGAUACCUUACUUGCUCAGAAAUGUGAAUCAGAUGCCCUAGUUGAAAAGAAGAUUGGAGAGAUAUCAGAAUUCCUUGUUGAGGUAGAAAAUCUAAAAGGGGAAUUAGCAAGUAAAACUAUAGAUGUACAGAGAAUGCUAGAAGAGAAGGAAGGUGUGAUAGUGCAGGUAAAGGACCUUGAAGAGGAAGUGAAGUCUCGUGACAAACAGAUUCACAAAUUGGAAGAACAAAUGAGGGAGGAGGAGGCUGGUUUACAAAGCAGAAUAACAGAGAUGGAGAAUACACUAACUGAGAAAGGGGUUGAAAUCUUUGCACUGCAAAAGAAGUUGGAUGAUGCACAUAGUGAAGACACCACCCGAAUUUUUAACUUGACAGAAGAAAUUGACAAUUUAAAGAGGGAGGUGGACUUCUUGCAGGCUGAGAAAGUUAAGUUAGAGAUACAACUUGAAAGAGGCAAACAAGAAUCUUCUGAGUGUUUGGCUCAAGCAGAAAAUCAGAACACUGAAUUAGCACAGAAGAUUGUAGAUCAGGAAAUACAGAUGAAAGAGCAAGCAGAGGCAUUCAGCAAAUUGGCUGAUGAGCAGAAGCAACUUGAAAUUGUGCUCCAGGAGUGCAAAACAAAUCUUGAAGUUGCAGAAAUGAAAAUAGGGGACAUGACAGCAGAAUUCCAGAAUAAUCUCAACUCCAAAGAUCAGAAGAUAAAUGAAAUGGAGGAUGAAAUUGAAGAUCUGAAGAGAGAUCUGGAGAUGAAAGGAGAUGAACUAGGGACUUUAGUGGAGAAUGUCCGCACAACUGAAGUCAAGCUCCGCUUAGCCAACCAAAAGCUUCGGGUGACAGAACAGCUACUUGGUGAAAAGGAAGAAGACCAUAACAAAAAAGAAGAUAAGUUACUGCAACACCAAAGAACUCUGGGAGAACAGAUCGCAUCAUUGUCAGGAAUAAUAGUUGCUUAUAAAGAAACCCAACAGAGGAUAAUGGCAGAUGUUUCGGACACAGUAACUGACACACUUUCUGGAAUAGACAUGUUUAACAUGAAAUUUGAGGAAGACUGUGGCCACUUAGAAUCCCGCAUUUAUGAAAUCCUGAAUGAGCUUAAGGUAGCUAAGAACUGGAUCAAGGAGGCUGGCCAUGAAAAGGAGCAGCUAACAAAAGAAAUUGAAUCUCUUGCUCAGCAACUGAGAGGCAAAAAAGAAAGUGAGUUGGUGUUAAAAGAGGAGGUUAGGAAACUAGAGAGAACAUUGCAGGAGGAUGGAGUUGAAAAGGAGAAUUUGAUGAAGACCAUACACAAACUUGAGGAGAAGAUGGAAACCCUUCAAAAAAUGGUUGAUGACAAGGAUAAAACAAUGGGAGAAUUGGAAAGGACAAUGAAUGAAAAAGACAAGGGGAUCACUGACCUUAGUGAGGAGAAGCGAGAGGUCAUACGGCAAUUGUGUAUCUGGAUUGAGUACCAUCGUAGUCGUUAUGAUCAUCUCAAGGAGACAAUAUCAAAGAUGACCAGUGGAAGAAGACAAAUAGCAGCUCAAUAAACAUGAACAAUGGAGAUCCUAAGAAGACCAGCAGAAGCAGCAGCACAGUAGCAUCUCAACUUUUCAUGAACCACUACAACCAUCUUGAACAGAUGACCCAAGGUGCAUCAUGCAUGAAUGCAAGUAGAGACUUAUCUUUUCUCAAUGUUUUGUCAUUUUUUAUUAAAUCUUUUCCUCUCAGUACUUAAGUUGGUCAACCAUUUUUCUAGCUGAUAGAACCAUUUGUAUAUCUUUUUUGUGCACCAUUCUUUUGGCUUUGUAUACUAUUGUAAUUGAGUUGGUUUGCUUGUAUUUAUUCUUUUAAAGCCAAUCUAUUUGGCUUAUUAGCCUGAUUCAACC